AUGAGAGAUUCUAAUCAUAGGUCAGUGCUGGCCAAUAGACCUGUGGUUACUAUAACGUCUACAGUUUAUGACCGUAGAGCAUUAGAUCUCAAUUCAAACGUCCCACUGAUAAAUUCGUUAAACCACUUGACAUAUUUGACUUCGAAUUCAGGCAAGGUCAGAGAAACUAUUGCGAAUGAUGGUGCACUGGAGAGAUUAGUGUCAAUUCUACAUGGCUGUCAUAUCCCACUCUAUGGUCUUUUACAGUUGGAUUUGAAAAAAAUCAGUAAACAUAGACGUGCAAAGAUGGUUUCUAAACAAAAAAAUUUAGCCAUGUGUGCAUGGAAAUGGACUUUAGCAUUUCAAUGUUUGGUGUUAACGGGUACUAGGGGUACUGAACAAAUUAGGAAAAAGGUCGUUUUAUCAGGAGUAGUGCCUGUAUUGGCAACGGUAUUGGACAACUAUUUAUUAUAUCAUAAAAAUUACGAUCAUUUGAAAGGAACGAAAAUCGAUGUGGACCUAAGAUCUUUGGAUUCGGAGCAAAGUUAUAGACAGCUAAGGAAAGGUGAAGAUGAGUCUUUUGCCGAAUAUUUGGAAUAUUUAACAGGUCGUGAAGACUUAAGAUUAUCUGAAGAUCCGGAUUUUAUCAGUGAAGAUUUACGAAGUAUUUCAGCUACUUUACCGUCAGAUUUCGCAGAUAUCUGGUCAACUUUCAAUGAACACGGUCAAAGUUCUGCUGAUGAAAAUUCCGGGGGCAACUCCAAUGGUAACGAUGACGGAUUGUUGGAUAAAGAAGUUUCGGAUGACACUUGCUUUAUGGUUGAUGAAGAUAAUAAACUAUCGAUUUCAAUACCCCGAGACUUCUUCCUGGGGAGAAUUAUACCUAAACAAGAUGAUGUUAUCUGGUCAUUGCAACUAUUGGCAUUUAUCUCCAAAUAUACCUAUAUGAAACAACAGUUACAAAACGUUCGGCUGAUAGAAUCUUUAUCGUUUAGAUCGGUUGUAGAACGAGUUCACAAAAGAAGAAAUGGUAACAACAAUAAUAAGAUACCAACUAAGAUGUGUUCACCUGUAUUAUCUCCGCUCAGUAAUACACAUGAAUUUGAUAUCCCCAUACUGGAGCAAGAGGAGGAUCCAUUUUUAGUGGAAUUGCAAGAAUUGGCCAAUAAAUGUAAGCAAGCACAAAGGGAAAAGGAAUUCGAUGGCGUGGUACCCAUACAAAACCCAUAUCAAUAUUAUAAUAAGGGUCUUCCCUCACCAAAAGUAUCUCCAAGAAUUAAGAGGGAAAACCAAUUAGUGGAAAAUUUUAAAAAUAAAUGGAAUUAUAAAAACUUAGUAACGGAUUUGGAUGAUGAGACUUGGGCUUAUUCUAGUCUGAAGGAGAGUUUAAAUUUAUUUCCCUUGGUGGAAAGGUAUACGGUUAGUUCAAAAAAUCCUCAUGAUAUGGUUUAUUGGAGUUCUGUUAUCAUGAGAAACUCUUGCAGGAAAAAUGAGGUUACAGGUGUAAGGCAAUGUGCAAACUUCGCUUGCGGUAAAUGGGAAGAUUAUCCAAGACAAUUUGCCAAAUGUCGUCGAUGUAAGCGUACCAAAUAUUGCUCUAGAGAUUGUCAAUUAAAGGCUUGGACUUAUCACAGGUACUGGUGUCAUGAAGUUGGCUCAGGGAUGAAUACAGCAGCAAGUAAUACAGGUGCUAAUACACCUGGUGGUUCUACAGCUUCAAGUAGUGCACAUGUGCCUACAGGUCAUAAUGGUACUAUCAUGGCAAUUGGUAAUACUAAUGGAACAAUAACAGAUACUGAAGUUACAGGCACAGAUGCAGGCGUUACAGGUCUAGGUGUUCACCUUCGAGGUGCCAAUGUAGGUCAAACAACGGAUGUCACUACGACAAUCACAAACAAUGUUGGCGUGAAUAGAACUACUGCUAUUGCUGCUACUAAUGCUACAACUACCAAUACCACUAAUAAUAGUACUGAUAUUAACAAUGAUAGAAAUUCUACCAAUAAUCCGGGUAUGGGGACAACAAGACGGAUCCCCAACGUAGCUUUGGAUCAAGAGGAUGAUAUGAUAACGACCGACGACAACGACAACGAUAAUUUUACCUAG